AUGGCAAACGACUACUCGCACAUCCACACGCCCAUCCACCCGCGCGCACCCACCGCCAACCUCGUCUCGUGCAAGGUUCUCGUCAGCCUCAUUGGACAGGUCGCCAUCUGUGGUGGCUUUCAGCUCUGGGCCUUCUGCUACACGCGUCGCCAGGACUGGUACGAGCCUCCGGAGAUCAACCCGGACGAACUCAACACGACCAACCCGGAGAACUCGGCGGUGUUUCUCAUCUCGUCGUUCCAGUACAUCGUCGGAUCGCUCGUCUACAGCACAGGGUAUCCGUACCGCAAACCGGUCUACACCAAUGUGUGGCUCAUGGCCACGGUAGUGCUGCUGCUCUUCUUCUCCAUCUGGGCGCUCUUUACGCCUUCGGGCUUCCUGUUUGACCUGCUCGGCCUCGUCGCCUUCCCGCGCUCCUUCCACGUUGCACUCUUCAUUGCCGUCGUGCUCAACACGCUCCUCUGCUUCCUCUUCGAGACGGUGUUCGCAAAGUACGUCGUCCGAUGCGUCAAGGCCAUCCAGCGUGUCGUGCGCCGCUCCCGCCGCUCAAAGACCCGCAAGCACAACUCCAAGAUGUACAAGGCGGUGGAACGCAGCAUGCAGCUCGACGGAGACGUAUAA